UGUUUGCAGAGAGAAAGAGAGGCAGAGAGAGAGAGAGACCAUUGGUGCCGCAGCGGGACCGACUGUCACACGGACUGUCAGCGGGGUCGUUACCGGAGAGAGCAGCCGCUUCACGCCGUUUAUCGUUAGACACACCGGGGGAGGACCACGGGGGAGGAAGAAAGAAGGAGAACACAAGAAGAAGAAGAAGAAGAAGAAGAAGAAACCCGGGGGAUCGUUAUAUUUGCUGCUGUCGCCUGCGUGUCACCACCUCCAGCGGACAGGAUCUACUGUACUCAUCAUCAUCAUCAUCACCGCUCCUCUUCAUCAUCCCUCAUCUUCAUCACCCUCAUCCUUCCUUCUCAUCCUCUAGACCUCUCCUCUUCCUCCUCUCCCUCAUGAACAUGCCGGGCUGGCGGAGGAACCUCACUUUCUGUCUGCAGCGGAUGCACGAGGAAGAUGACGGUCCCUACGGAAAAACAAAGGAUAUCUCUGGACCAGAACAGACCAUGGCCUCGAGAAGACACAGUAUACCAGAAGCUCUGCGGGGGGUGACCAUGGUGGAGCUGGUGAAGAAGGAAGGCAGCACGCUGGGCCUCACCAUCUCAGGAGGAACGGACAAGGACGGGAAACCGCGGGUAUCGAAUCUACGGCCAGGAGGACUGGCAGCAAGGAGUGACCAGCUAAAUGUGGGCGAUUACAUCAAGUCGGUGAACGGCAUCAAUCUGACCAAACUGCGGCAUGAAGAGAUCAUCAGCCUGCUGAAGAACGUAGGAGAAAGAGUUCUGCUGGAGGUGGAGUAUGAGCUGCCCCCUACAGCACCAGACAGCACCUCAGGGGUUAUAUCAAAGACAAUCGACAUCUGUUUGCACAAAGAGGGGAGCAGCUUUGGUUUCGUCAUGAGAGGUGGGACCCAUGAGGACUGGCACAAGUCACGCCCCCUAGUGGUCACUUACGUCAGGCCAGGAGGUCCUGCAGACAGAGAGGGAACACUGCGUCCCGGUGAUCGUCUCCUCAGCGUUGAUGGCGUGCCGCUGCACAACACCAACCACAGCGACGCCCUCAGCGUGUUGGCUCAGUGCGGCCAGGAAGCCCUGUUCCAGAUAGAGUAUGACGUCACUAUCAUGGACACAGUAGCGAACGCCUCCGGUCCGCUAUUAGUGGAGAUAGCCAAGUCGCCAGGAGCAACGCUGGGCAUCACGCUGACGUCGGCCAAUCAUCGAAACAAGCAAGUCAUCGUGAUCGACCGGGUCAAACCUGGCAGCGUGGUUGACAGAUGUGGAGCGUUGCAUGCUGGAGAUCACCUGCUGUCCAUAGACGGGACGUCGACAGAACACUGUACGGUCCUGGAGGCGACACAGCUAAUAGCUAGCACGACAGAACUGGUGAAAUUAGAAAUCCUCCCCUCCCAUCAAACGAGGCUGACUGGGAAACAGCACGACACAGUGAAGGUCCAGAAGUCGGACCACCCCCACUCCUGGGACCCCUGUGUGAACUACUGUCACCCGUCCAACGCCACCCUCUGCAACGCCAGCAGCGCCACGCUCAACAAGUCGUGGACCGCCUCCAACAACAACACCAUCAACAGUCUCGACUACUGCAAGUCUCUAGUUUCAGCCAGUUUCUCUCCCGGCUCUACGACCACAUCGGGCCCCAGCAGCCAGAGCUCCAGCACGCUGCCGAGGCCGAACGUCCCCAUGAGUCCUCGCAACUCGCUGCUCAAACGGCGGCAGAGAAAGAAAGAGCACAAAAGUUCCUUGUCCCUGGCGUCCAGCUCGGUGGGUCCGGGGGGUCAGGUGGUCCACGUGGAGACCAGUGAGGUCGUCCUAACCGGCGACCCGCUCAACGGCUUCGGCGUCCAGCUGCAAGGAGGAAUAUUCGCCACGGAAACGCUGUCGGCGCCCCCGCUGAUCCGCUUCAUCGAGCCCGACAGCUCUGCAGAGAGGUGUGGCCUGCUGCAGGUUGGGGACCGCCUCCUGUCAAUCAACGGGAUCCCCACAGAAGACGGGACACUGGAGGAGGCCAAUCAGCUUCUCCGAGACGCGGCGCUGACCAAUAAGGUCACACUGGAGAUCGAAUUUGAUGUAGCAGAGUCAGUGGUGCCUAGCAGUGGGACGUUCCACGUCAAACUGCCCAAGAAAAGAGGAGUAGAGCUGGGACUCACCAUCAGUGCCAGUAAGAAGCCCGGAGAGCCUCUCAUCAUUUCUGACAUCAAGAAGGGCAGCAUGGCCCACAGAACAGGAACUCUGGAGCCUGGUGACAAGCUGCUGGCCAUCGACAACAUCAGACUGGAGAACUGUUCCAGAGACGACGCGGAGCAGAUCCUGCAGCAGUGUGAGGAGCUGGUCAAACUAAAGAUACGCAAAGAUGAAGACAACUCAGAUGAGCAGGAGACGUCAGGCAGCAUCAUCUACACGGUGGAGCUGAAGCGCUACGGAGGCCCUCUGGGUAUCACCAUCUCAGGCACCGAGGAGCCUUUUGACCCCAUCACUAUAUCUGGCCUCACCAAGAGAGGCCUGGCCGAGAGGACAGGGGCGAUCCAUGUCGGGGAUCGGAUCCUGGCGAUCAACAGCGUGAGUCUGAAAGGAAAACCGCUGAGCGAAGCGAUCCACCUGCUGCAGAUGGCCGGAGAGACGGUGACGCUGAAGAUCAAGAAACAGCUCGACAGUAAGUAUGAAGACUCCGAGGCAGAAGACACAACGGAGAACGAGAUCAGUGACACGGAGGAGGACGACCUGACGGACAGCCAGCAGACCAACAAGCUGUCGGAGCUUUACUCCACCACCAUCCCCAGCGUCGACUCCGCCAUGGAGUCCUGGGACGGCUCAGGGCUGGACGCCGGCUACGGCAGCCAGGGAACCUACAGCCACCAGGCAGCUGGCAUCGCCCUCCACCCUCAUGAGUGGAGGAGCGCCAAGCAGCAGCGCAGCACCACGCCUCCUCCUGGACGCCGGAAGAACUACCCCUUCAGUGACGGAGGCUUCAGUGAGGACGACUGGGACAAACCACCAGGAUUUAUUGGCCAACCACCAGACGGGAUUCUUUUGGAUCCAGAAGACAGUUUCUGGUGUCAGGCGCUGGAGGAUCUGGAGACAUGCGGCCAAUCAGAACUACUGCGGGAGAUCGAGGCGUCCAUCAUGACAGGAACAGCCAUCAGUCUGGGUGUAGAUGGUGUCAACAAGCCUCCAGCCGAGCCCAUACUGAGCCACAACAGGAUGAGCCCUUUGCGGAGAAAUUCUCUCUUGCACCAGGGAAACCUACUCCACCAGGGGGCACACCUCCACCAGGGGGCCCAUCUGCAUGAGGAGGCCCACUUGCAUGAAGAGGCCCAACUCCACCAAGAAACAUUUUUGUACCACCCAGAUGCCCACCUGCUCCAGGAGGCCCAUUUCAACCAUGAGGCCCACCUGCACCACGAGGCCCACCUGCACCAGGGAGCCCACCUCCACCAAGAUAACCAAUCCCCUCUCCUGCACCACGACCCCAAGGCAAAAGCCUCAUUGAGAGUGUCGGAGAGGACGUGGGAGUCCCGUCGGAUCAAAGAGGAGAUGCAGGGGAUUCUGUCCCCGACGCCUCUGGAGCUGCACAAGGUGACGGUGGUAAAGGACCCGGAGAUCGACGACUUUGGCUUCAGCGUGUCCGACGGCUACUUGGAGAAAGGAGUUUACGUCAACAUGAUCCGACCUGACGGGCCAGCGGACAGAGCCGGGCUCAAACCCUACGACAGGAUCCUGCAGGUGAACCACGUGAGGACGAGGGACUUUGACUGCUGCCUGGCGGUUCCUCUGAUCACCGAGGCUGGAGACAGACUGGAGCUGGUCAUCAGCCGCAACCCGCUGGCCAACGACAACGACGACCCCGAGGACAAUAACAACUCUCUAGACCACCCGCUAGACCUGUAACACACACACACACACAACAAGAGAGAAGGAUAAUAAAUCUCUAGACACACACACACACACACACACACACACACUGUCACACUCAGGCAGGAAACAAUACGAUAACUGGUGGAAAAGUGGAAAGUUACUGGAACUGGCCCACACACACACACACACACACACACACACACACACACACACACACAUGCAUAUACAUACACUCUUUACUUGCAAUAAUUAUACUUCAACACAAAGACUCCUUCAGGAACACACACACACACACACAAACACACACAGCAAAAUCUGGAGUGUUAAUUCAACUCACAGAGUGUUAAAUUUAACACUUUUUCCGAGUUUAUAUAGUUUAUCUCACGGAUUCUGAGUUAAAAUUACACUUUGAAAAGUGUUCAUAUUUUAAAUCUUUAAUAGUGUUAAAUAUUUGACACCCUUGGUGUUGUUUUAUGACACCACAUAGGUGCACUUUUAACUCAAAAUUGUGUUAUUCCCUUUCAUUUUUAACAUAUUUUGUGUUACUUUUUAACCCGAAAAUCAUGUUAUUUCCGUUCACUCAUGUGAUAAUUACACUGUAAUGAAUUUCACUGUAAAAUAACAGUAAAAUACUGCACUGUAAUAAAUUAUUCUGUAGUCAUUUCAUUUUACUUAAUACAUUUGAUAAAAUGUAUUAAAUAUAAAUGCGUCCUUGAUUUUGAGGCAGUUGUUUAAGUAACUUUAAUAUAAAAAUGUUUGAGAUAGAAUCUACUUAUUUCACUUUA